UGUAUAAAAACAGACAAAUCGGCGAAAACAUCGGUACUGUACAACAAAGUAUUCCAGAAGAACACUGUACCAUAGUUUUAGGAUGUCCGUAUCGAGGAUUAUACUAUGUGUCGUAGCAAUAACUUAUGGGGCAAAUGCUGUUCUCUUGUCGGAGAGAAAUUCGGAUGAACUGCCCUUAGGUCCAUACUACGACACCUUAGGGGACUAUUACGUAGAAGACCCUUUUGCAGAAGCCUUUAGUACCGACGGUGACUCAUUGGAUGUCGACUACCGGGAAAAUAACUGGGACCAUAGCAAUGAAAUCUUUGGAAGACAACUCCCAGAGAGCGGAGAACUGAAACUGAACCAGGACAAGAAAAGCCAGAUUUGGUGUAAAGUCAAGAAAGUCAUCAAGCACCAUCACGAACCAGGAUACGAGUUCUUCCCGAAAAGUUACAGCGAAUAUGACUGCCUUCCUCACACCCACGCUGAUGGCUUCUCCGAAAACAGUAUCUUCAGUUCCGAUAUCUGCGCAGUAAAAGACGUCAGAUGUCAACCCCUACAGAAGACUUUUGUAUUCUUCAAAUGGCCCGCCACUGCAAAAUCCAUAUGCGCCCUUAUGAAGGUCGAAAAAACUGUCAGCGUUGGAUGUAACUGCGUCAAUCACGUGAAAUACCACUUCCAGUAAAAUAUCGAUAUCUGUAGUUGGACCUUAACCACGCACAUAUCUAAGCACUUAUCUAUUUAUUUGCACUAUCAGAAAAUUUACAAAAACACUAAAAAAAAUAAAUGUUAUAUUACGUUUAUAAUUUUUAAAAUGGAAACACGAAC